CGCUGAAUUCGUGGAAAGAAGACACUAACAAACAACCUUUGAAAAGCAAUUGUUUCCAACGUAUUAUUCCAAUUGUAGUUUGAAAAAACAGUCUAAUCUCUUCAGUUGUGAAGGCGUUUAAGUUCUGGCAAUUCUUCCUUUGAAAAGCCACAGAACAAUAGAUGGGACCUUGAAUGUGAGCGUUUUCGGAUACAAUUAUAUCAAUCCUUGAACACGAGGCAGAGAGAGAGAACAGAAUAAACCAUUGGAGCGGUAAAGCCAGAAUUUCCUUAAGCUUCAAACUUAAUUCUUCAUCUUCGGGUUAGUCUGCACUUCUUGAAGUAAAUGAAGACUUCUGAUCUACAGCUAGACACAUUUAGUUCCCUGACGCCUCGUUCAGAUGAUAUGCAAUAGUACUCGGUUAGUCAACGGAAGCAGUCAGAUCUGGUAAUUAUUGACAUUAGCCAAAACUCUAUUUUGCAUGUUGAAGGUGAGCUGAACGAACGACUUGGUUACCUGUGGGGCAAUUUAUCAUAUAUUAAGCGAGUGAUCGCAAUAAUAAAGCAACAGCAUAGUCAUGUUAAACGUUCGCGCGCCAUUUAAACACGCGCACGCGCGCGCACGCGCACGCACGCACGCACGCACGCACCCAUACACGCAUUAAACUUGCGCGGCCAGAGUAAUCUAGAACUCGGACUUCUCUCCAACUCACUACUGCUUAGUCUUUACUCAUCUUCUAAUAAAUGUUUUUACGGUGUGCCUUAGUUCCAGAUCUGGGUAAGCAUGCUUUGUGAUCUGUGCAAAAUCAGAAAGCUGCGAAGAGAAUUUCCCUCAGAUACUGUUACAGAUAUGUGUGAUCAUGCGCCUUUGCAUUGUCUUAGGGUAAGUUAAAGGAUUUUGCCCCCAGUGUGUAUACAAUUUCCACACUCUCAAGAAUUCUUGGGAUAAUGUCAGUAUUUGAGCAACUGUGCACUUACCCCUCCUUUACAAUAUCUUACGAUCUCUUUCAAUAGUAUACGGCUGUAGUUCUCCAACAACAUUAUGAAAAUAAUGGUAAAGAAAUUGAAAGGAGGCCUGGGACUACCAUUAACAUUGAAAAUCCAGGAAACUCUAGCAACAGUGUAUUGUUUGAUUUUGUCUUUUUGUAUUUUUUUACUGGUUCUAGUAUGAUUCAGCCAACCUGACUGCAAAAUCUAACAUCUGAUUUUCUUGUACCUAAACAGUGUGUCACAAAGUAUGUUGAAAAACAUCAGAGGUGUUCUCAGUGUCUUCAAGCAGUAAAAACCAGUAAUCCACGGUACCUUGAGUACUUGGAAACCCUGGAGAACUUGUUCCCAAAAUACACUGCUGACGCCGCCACAACUGAAAAUGAGGUGUCCACUUCACUGGUUGGUAAUGAGACAAUAUCUGUUGUCAUGUUGGGUGGAGACAGUACAGUAGUGGCCUAUAGACCAGGUAUGACAAUCCAAGAACUGAAGAACUUUGUACACACCCGGCUUGGACCAGCUCCACAAAAACAACGACUGUUGUAUAAAGAAAAAGAGCUUAAGGUAAAGGGAGGAUGUAUUUAUUGUAAUUUGAUCAUGGUCUUUCACUCUCUCACAAAUAUUGAAGAAAGUUGUGCAAAAGUGAGAAUAUCAAGGUAUUUAUUAUCUUGUGUUUCAGACUGACUUAGGUACAAAACUGGCCACCUUACAAGAUUACACCAUACAGCCAUUCAGCACCCUACACCUCAUUGUUGUGUUGUACGAGAUUAACCAGGCCCUUGACCAUGCAAUUUUUGACCUGUUUUGGGGGUAUCCCUCUAGAGGGUGUGACUAUCUAGAUGCAUCAGUUCUUAUCUACAGUGGAUCAGCUCUUCAAGGCAUAGUUGAUUUCGAUAGUCAUGGUUUUAUUGGUGUUUCACAUUCUGGUGAUGUAAUGGAUCAUAAGAAGCGCAUCGGUCAUCAUACCAUACGUGUACAGCUGAAGUCUUUGCCUAGCAACAUCAACAAGUUAUUUUUCACCUUGAGUGCUUGGAAUUCCCCAAACAUUUCAAAAUAUAAAAAUCCCAGUCUGCGUUUUUUCGAUGCCAAGGAGCCUAACAAACAGCUCUGCAGUGAUCAGAUGGGACAUGCUGCCUACUCCCAAGCCAUCAUAAUGUGCAGUUUGUCCAAGAUUGACGGAGUAUGGAAAGUUUUUAGUUUGCGUACACUGUCUGCUGGAAAUGCAAAAGAUUAUUCUCCACUGCAGCAGACAAUUGGUCACAUAAUAACUCAAGGACUGUGUUAAAUGUUACUGUGAAUCUUUUUUUAAUUGUAAGUGAUUAUUCAUGCUGAGAUUCAUACGGCCACCUGUAGGACAGAAAAAGAUUCACAGACUUAUAUUAUUACUGGUAGAAAGACUGAGCAGAUAGCUAUAAGAGCUUAAACCUGAUUUAAGCUUUAAGUUUAUGGCAUAGUUUGACUGUAUAUAUUGCAAAAACCUUUGAAAUCCUAUUUGCUGUUUACGCCAGGUUUUUUACCAAAAAAUUAUUCAGUGAUGUUUGUUGUCUGUGUAAGGCCACCUCCAUGAAGCAGAAUUUAGUUGAACUGCUUUUUAAGAUAGCCAAUGUUACAAGCAUAAUAAGGAACUGCAAAGUUAGUAGGUUAUCUUUUAGAUAAUACACUUUGGUUUGUGGCAUUUAAUUUUCUGUAUAAUGAUGCAGUCAUUGUCAACUGAGGAUUGCACUACUAGCUGAUUUGCACUAGGCGACAAGAUUGAAUGAUUAACAAUCCUAAACAAAACCUAGUCACACUGACCAUUACUAAGCAUAUGAUUUGUAUCACUCUCAAUUGGAGAAAUGGUGGGCAGAGAAUUCACACGGGAUUCAAGAUCCACUGCAGUUCGUUUGAAUCAAUGUUGUGCAUAAGAAUACCAAGGAUCAGGUGGACGGAGCACUGAACUGAUUGGCCUACUCUAGAGGAGAUGGGUACAGAUUGGGCCCUGAUGAAAAUUAUUCAAAAAAGAAAGUUGACAUACUUUGGACACAUUGUCAGGGCACAGAACUUGUGCAAAAAAUUCUUUGAAGGGAGAAAGGAUGGGAGGAAAAGACAAGAACGAGCAAGGCUAUUGUGAAUGAUAUCAGGCAAUGGACAGCAAAGAGGCAUCCAGGAUGCCACAACAAAAUGGAGAGAGCUGGGCCAUCAAUGUCCACAUUUAUAGUUUCUGAUCCUGGCAGAAGCACAGCCAUACCAGUUAAACCUUUCCUCACAAAGGAUUCAUUUUUUCACCCAUUUCGAGUGAACCCGGAUUUGAACAAUUUUUGCGCACAAAGUUAUAACGCGCGAGUACUUGUGGGGAGUGCUUGUUCCAGGCGUUCUGUUGGCAAAAUGAAUUGCCAUGGUGAAAUGGCACAAUAGUAAAGCGGCAGUGCGAUCAGAAAGUGUGGUUUUAGUCCAGUUCGGUUCUUCACCCGAAGUUACUCAGUUGGAGUCCACAUUACAAAACUAGGAAAACAAGAGAGCUUAGAUGUAAAAUACAUCGUGCUAAGUUAACUAUAAAAACCAGUUUGACAUGGUUCAUAAGUUGGAAUAUUCACAAGGCAAAACUUGCACUGCUGAAUAAAUGAAGUUCUGCACCAAUUUCUUUUGGAAAAUUUCUAUUGCAAUGAGUACGCAGUCUGUAUCCAGCUUUCUCUUCUGAAAAUAAGGUGUUAAGCCUAAAGGGCUUUAGAAUCUCUUCGGGCUUCUUAAAAGACAACUACACCACUGAUCUCUUGUAACACGUUUGUCCGUUGCUCACAUCUAUGAGGGCCAUGCUUAUGAUUGGAACAAAUUUUCAGACUAGUGUUUUAAUUUUUAAAUCAUUUCCUCAAACAUAAAAAAUAACUAUUGAAUACAGCUGUAGAGAAUAAAGUGUCCUUUUUAAAUACUAUCAUAUAACUCUAGAGAAGUAUCACACAAAAACUUAAAUCAUGUAAUUCUCUAUUCUUGUGUUAUCAUACUAGGGACACAAGUGUCUCUAUUUCCUACCAUUAGACAGAAUUUGAGGUUGAACAACAAAUUCACAUCAAUUAAUUGAACAUAAAUUCACUUGAUUCAUAUAAAAUACUUUGAUUGUAUAUCAGUUAAAUUUCCCAAAUCUUUAGUCCUUACUCUUCAAGUUUGGUGUCUCAUAACAAAAAAAAAAGACUAGCAAUUUUGGAAAUACAUAUUCCCUGUCCUGUUGUACUGUUGCUAUCUGCAUUCAAUACAAAUAAGCCUACUUUCUUCAUACUUAAACUAGAAUGAACCACCAGUUACAAUUUUUUAAGGUCUGGACAAAAUACAAAUUGUAACCUAACUGUAAAAUGGGUUGCAAGAAUUUGUUUAUAUAAACAUCAGGGGUUCCCUGACUGAUUCCCUGACUGGACAGC